GUUGGUGAAUCGACCGUACGAAAAUCAGGAUAAUCAUGAUCAGAAGUAGUAGCAGAAUGGAGGUGGAGGAAAGAGAUGAGGUCUUUGGGUGAAAGGGAAGCAAAGGGGCUAUGGUAGUAAGGGUCAGGAUUGAUUUGAAGUACGGUCUUUCCGGCUGAAGCUGCAGCGGCGGCGAUGAUGGACUCCGGAAGUCCGGUGCCCACCACAAUUAGAUCAAAACUGGUGGGUUCGAUUCGGGGCAGCCCUGCAUCCUCCUCAACCGUCAUGCAUGUCAUCAACUCACCCGCUCUUUCGCCUACGGGAAUAAGGAUGGGCGGAUUUGUCUUUCUAUUAAAAAAUUGCUCCUCCUUUUUGCUAUCGCCAGGUCAGAUGAUAUGACAUGGAACUCAGCUGUGGACCACUGGAGAAAAUCAUUGGGAAAGCCAUUUUCCCAAAUUUGGAUAAGGCCGAUUUGACUACCUUCCGUAGACGACGUCAACACAGAGUGCUAUAUUUAUUUAUUUUGUAACGGACGAAUCACGACGACGUUAAUUAUUAACUCUCUCCUAAGCUUGCUUGCUGCUUCAAAAUUCAAAUUUUGCCAGAAAAAGGGAACGUUUUCGUAUAAAUCCCACCAUUUUUGUUCAUCAAUUUAAUGUUUUCUUCCUUUCGUAUCCCAUUUCUAAGCUGUUAAGAUUGAAGAGAGAGAGACAGAGAGGGGGGCCCACUAUAGCAGUGGCAAAGGCCAGUGAAAUUUCUUGCUAUUUAAACCCCCUCCCGAAUUUGUUCACUCAUUUUUUGGUAAUCUGAGCAAAAAUUUGGAUUUUUUUUUUUUGGCAAAAAUGGGAGUUGAAGAUGGAAGGAAGCAUCCUCUGGUUUUUGCUUACUAUGUCACUGGUCAUGGGUUCGGACAUGCCACUCGUGUUGUUGAGGUUGUGCGGCAUCUGAUUAAUGCAGGGCAUGAUGUUCAUGUGGUCACUGGUGCACCUGAUUUUGUUUUUACCACUGAAAUACAGUCCCCUCGACUGUUUCUCCGCAAGGUUUUGUUAGAUUGUGGAGCAGUUCAGGCAGAUGCUUUGACAGUGGAUCGGCUAGCUUCACUGGAAAAGUACUCAGAGACUGCUGUUGUGCCUCGUGAUUCUAUCUUGGAAACAGAGGUGGAGUGGCUGAACUCGAUAAAGGCAGACUUAGUGGUCUCAGAUGUCGUACCAGUUGCUUGUCGAGCAGCAGCUAAUGCAGGAAUCCGUUCUGUUUGCGUUACAAACUUCAGCUGGGACUUCAUCUAUGCUGAGUAUGUCAUGGCUGCCGGGAUUCAUCAUAGGUCAAUCGUUUGGCAGAUUGCAGAAGAUUACUCUCAUUGCGAGUUCCUUAUUCGCCUCCCAGGGUACUGCCCAAUGCCAGCAUACCGUGAUGUGAUUGAUGUACCUUUGGUGGUGAGAAGGUUACACAAGUCUCGCAAGCAGGUCAGGGAAGAACUUGGAGUUGGUGAAGAUGUGAAGGUUGUUAUCCUCAACUUUGGCGGGCAGCCAGCAGGUUGGAAGCUGAAGGAGGAGUACUUGCCUUCUGGUUGGCUCUGUCUGGUUUGUGGUGCUUCCAAUAGUCAGGAUCUUCCCCCCAACUUCAUAAAGCUCGCAAAAGAUGUCUAUACCCCUGAUCUCAUUGCAGCAUCUGAUUGCAUGCUUGGCAAAAUUGGAUAUGGGACAGUCAGUGAGGCAUUGGCAUACAAGUUACCCUUUGUCUUUGUACGUAGGGACUACUUCAAUGAAGAACCCUUCUUGAGAAACAUGCUUGAGCAAUAUCAAGGUGGUGUUGAGAUGAUAAGAAGGGAUUUACUGACUGGUCAUUGGAGACCAUAUCUUGAACGUGCAUUGACCUUGCGCCCAUGCUAUGAGGGAGGCAGCAAUGGUGGUGAGGUUGCAGCACGUAUUUUGCAGGAUACAGCUUCUGGGAAAAGCUAUAUAUCAAAUAAGCUUAGUGGCUCUAGGAGAUUGCGAGAUGCCAUUGUUCUUGGGUAUCAAUUACAAAGAAUGCCUGGAAGAGAUCUUUGGAUUCCAGACUGGUAUGCAAAUGCAGAAACUGAACUUGGUCUGCGAACAGGAUCACCAACUGCUGAAAUGCGUGAUGAUAGCUUCCUCAUGGACUCAUGCCAGGAAGACUUUGAAGUUCUUCAUGGGGACCUUCUGGGUCUGCCAGAUACUGUGAGUUUCCUCAAGAGUUUAGCUAAGCUAGAUGCUGCGUAUGAUACUGUAAAGAAUACGGGGAAACGCGAGAUAAGGGAACGCAUAGCUGCUGCUGCCCUCUUUGAUUGGGAGGAAGACAUUUUCGUGACAAGAGCACCAGGAAGAUUGGAUGUCAUGGGUGGAAUUGCUGACUACUCAGGAAGCCUUGUAUUGCAAAUGCCAAUUAGAGAAGCUUGUCAUGUUGCCAUACAAAAGAUUCAUCCUGGUAAAGAAAGGCUGUGGAAGCAUGCUCAGGCUCGAAAACUUGCAAAAGGAGAUGGCCCAACCCCUGUGCUACAAAUUGUGUCCUUUGGGUCGGAGUUAAGUAAUCGUGGCCCUACCUUUGACAUGGAUUUGUCAGAUUUUUGGGAUGGAGAACAACCAAUGUCAUAUGAGAAGGCGAGAAACUACUUUGCUCAAGAUCCGUCCCAGAGAUGGGCUGCAUUUGUUGCAGGGACAAUUCUGGUUUUGAUGAAAGAAUUAGGCAUACGCUUUGAGAACAGUAUUAGCAUGCUGGUUUCUUCUGCUGUCCCAGAAGGCAAAGGUGUCUCUUCUUCUGCAGCUAUUGAAGUUGCCAGCAUGUCUGCAAUAGCUGCUGUUCAUGGACUGAAACUACCCCCGAGAGAGCUUGCUUUACUCUGCCAAAAGGUAGAGAAUCAUGUGGUUGGAGCUCCAUGUGGUGUGAUGGACCAGAUGACUUCUGCAUGUGGUGAAUCUAACAAACUUCUUGCAAUGGUUUGCCAGCCUGCCGAGGUAUUGGGUCUUGUGGAUAUACCUAGUCAUAUAAGAUUCUGGGGAAUUGAUUCAGGAAUACGGCACAGUGUUGGAGGCACAGACUAUGGAUCUGUUAGAGUUGGGGCCUUCAUGGGUCGAAGGAUCAUUAAGUAUAUUGCAUCAACAUUGCUGUCACAGUCACUGUCUGCUAAUGGGAUGACCCCUGAUGAUGUCGAAGAAGAUGGUGUCGAGCUACUUGAAUCUGAGGCUUUGCUAGAUUAUCUGUGCAACCUCUCACCACACAGGUAUGAAGCUCUUUACUCAAAGGUACUGCCGGAAACCUUGCUUGGUGAGACAUUUGUGGAGAAAUAUGCCGACCAUAAUGAUCCGGUCACAGUAAUAGAUAUGAAACGCAAUUAUGGACUUAGAGCAGCAGCAAGACAUCCUAUUUAUGAAAACUUCCGUGUGAAGGCUUUUAAAGCUCUAUUAACAUCUGCAACUUCAGAUGAUCAACUCACAGCUCUUGGCGAACUCAUGUAUCAGUGCCACUACAGUUACAGCGCCUGUGAACUUGGCUCAGAUGGGACAGAUAGGCUUGUCCAGUUAGUGCAAGAAAUGCAGCACAGUAAAAUGUCAAAAUCUGUUGAAGGAACUCUAUAUGGUGCAAAAAUUACUGGAGGUGGAUCUGGUGGAACAGUUUGCGUCGUUGGGCGGAAUUGUAUACGAAGUAGUGAACAGAUUUUUGAGAUUCAGCAGAAAUACAAGAGUGCCACGGGAUAUCUGCCAAUAAUUUUUGAAGGCUCAUCACCAGGGGCAGGGAAAUUUGGACACUUGAGAAUUCGCCGCCGCAAUGCUUCCAACAAAAAUUGAUGUAUACUGAGGGAAAAUAUAAAGACUGAUCGGGGAAAAUACCCAACAGCACAGUAAAUAUUAUAUGUUGGAUGACAUUAGGGUGCAACUGGCUAAAGUGCCCAAUAUGCCUUUGCUAGGAAAUAUAAUUAGGACAUUUCUUAAUUAGACAAAAAUGUGGUGUACCUUUAAUAUGUCCAGUGGAUGUGACAUAUAGUUUAUUUAAAUCAUGAUGUCCUUGUACUGCAGUUUGAAGCAUCAAAGCCUUGCCCUGACAUGUGUUGUUUUGAACAGUUACAACUCUGCAAGUAAGCCAGAGAUUAUCAAUGAAAUCUGAGUAUAAAUCCAAGCAGGGCUCAUGGAGAACUAUAUGCAUAUUUGCUUGCCUAUGAAGAGAGUGUUCUUCUGCAUUUUCCAGCAAAUGGUCAAGGGCAGCACCACUACUUACAGCCUAAAUUGCACUUGACAGGCAAUGAAGAAUGACAGCAGUAUGCUUGGAUCCUGCACCACGUAUAAAGGAAAUCCAUAUCACUACAUCAAGAAUGACAAUAUUACAAACUCUAUAGGCAAGGGGUGGAAUAAUCACCCUGAUGAUUCACUAGGGACUUCUCAUGAGUUAUGCGGAGCUUAACCAAAACUAAAUCUUGAAUUUAUACACUCUUUGUUGGUUUCCAGAAUAUCCUAUAUUAUUAUUUGUAAAAUAUGCAAUCCUUUUUCAUUGCAGGGUCCCAUCACCUGUUGGUUUGUAAAAUCUAUUAGGUGGUACGUAUACAUGAAUUACCUAUUGUACAAAACAAUUCUCACAACACUUUAUAUUUCAAAGUGGACAAAUUGCCAAUAUGUCAA